AUGACAGCGGCAGACAUCAGAAACAUUCUUCCGAACGCGUCGAACAAGAACUCGAGCCCACACGAGAUGGUGUUCAAGAAGGUUCCGCGCGUCGAUCACAUGCGCGUGUUUGGUGCGCAAUGCUAUGCGCGUGUGGCAAAGGAGAAGAGGAAGAAGCUGAACGACUCAGGCGUGCGAUGUUUCUUUCUCGGCUACGCGAAGGAUUAA